UUUACACUGAGACGCAGUGUUGGAACGGCCGCAGUGGAGGCGAGGCUGCCAUUUUGCUUUCGGUUCUUUGCUCGACCGAUUUUUUAAAUGUUUCCCAUGGACUUGCGCCUCUGCUCCUCACGGGACUCGUAAAACAGAUGCUUCAAUGGACGCCUCAUCGAUUAUUACCCAGGCGUCUCGCGAUGAGGAGCAGCUGAACACUUUCCCGCCGCCGGACAGAGGGAGUCAAAAUGGGAAAAAACCUAAGAAGAGUAUCCUACGCACCUUGUUCUGUUGCUGUGUAUCGGGGGAAAAUGACAACAGCAGUACAGGAAAUGGAUGUGUCCCUGAAGAUGUCCCGCCCUACAACCUUAUUCCCCCUCCCACGGGGCCACAGCGGCAUCUCCUGCCACCUGUCAGUCAUCGAGACAUGCACAAGAUAUGCAUGGUUAUUGAUCUCGAUGAGACUCUUGUACAUUCAUCGUUUAAGCCAAUCAGUAAUGCUGACUUUAUAGUUCCUGUCGAAAUAGAUGGAACCAUCCACCAAGUUUAUGUAUUAAAGCGACCAUUCGUGGAUGACUUCCUUCAGAAGAUGGGAGAGCUGUAUGAGUGUGUACUAUUUACAGCUAGUCUAGCUAAGUAUGCUGAUCCUGUAGCAAACCUUCUGGAUAAAUGGGGAGUGUUUCGAGCCCGUUUGUUCCGAGAAUCCUGUGUCUUCCACCGAGGCAAUUAUGUCAAGGAUUUAAGUCGUUUAGGCCGAGAUCUUCAUAAAGUUGUCAUUAUGGACAAUUCACCUGCAUCAUACAUCUUCCAUCCUGACAAUGCUGUUCCUGUUUCAUCAUGGUUUGAUGACAUGAGUGAUUCAGAGUUAAUGGACCUUGUACCUUUCCUGGAAACCUUGAGCAAAGUGGAUAAUGUGUACAGUGUGCUACGAAACUGCAACAAUCCUUUAAAUUCACAAACUCCAACACAGCAGCAGCAAGGGGGCCAGGUUCUUACCCAGAUAAGCCAGGGACCCAUGACUCAAGUUCAACCAUCGCCUCCACCCUUAAUAUCCCAACAGCAUCAGCAAGAGCAACAACAGCAGCAGCAGCAAUACCAGAAGGACUAUGAGGAAAGCAAGGAUGGACCAUCAUGAGGGCAGGGAGCAGUGACCAGGCAGGACAUGCCAGAAGAGAUUGCAUGCUCAUAAAGAGAGCUCUCUUCCCUCCUGUCAUGGCCCAAAUCUCCUAACCCCCAUUCAACCACUGCCCACCUAAACAGAUACCCCUGCUCCCCAAGCUAGCUUGCCUUCCAUGUGGUCAGGGUACUCAGGGCUGGAGACAUCCACAAUGCAUCUCUAGAACUGAAUAAAACUGAGGAAGCUACCAUUAUUGUACAGCAACAAGCCCAGACAUUGAGGAAGAUUGACUGGUGUCAAACAACCAGUUAUGAUUGGAGCUAGUUGGGGAUGAAAGUGGGGCAAUGAGAACUUAGAUGACUUUCCAUUAUGGUGAUGUCUGUUUCAUCAUGAUGGAUUCAAAACAGUGAUUAGGUGACAACCAGUGGUGCAGACAAUCUGUGUCUAAUGUCUGAGCAUACCUUCCCUCACCAUCCUGUUAUUUCAUCAGUUUGUAGCAUUUGAUGCCAGCAGUACAUGAUGAAAUAAUUCUUGUGUAAAUGUGCUGGGCAGAAGGCUUAGCAGGUUUUACCAGACAAGUGCCAAGAUGAGACUCCCACUCAGUGUCAUCAUAUCAUGGAAUGAUGUAUAAUAGAGCAGUCAUAAUUUCAACUGUAUGAUGUUAUGCAGCUGCUAUUUUUAAUAAUUUUUACCUAAGAUAUAUAGAGGCAUAUUUGUGUGCUUUACUAUUUUCGGAACAAAAAAAUUUGUGUGCCAAUGCCGAGUUUUCCCAUAUCUUUAUUUCCCAUUUGAUGGUAGGCAUUCUGCUAUCAUUGCUUUGAUAUUCUUUCUAGGUUUCUAGGAUACCUCAAUAAUGCCUAACCUCCAUUCUUGCUUAGUUUCUCUUUUCAUUCUGUUAGAGUAGCUAUCACAGCGUUUAUGCUAAGUUAUGGUGGGUGAUUGGGGAUACUAAUUUUUCUGAAACGGGAAGGGGCGGGUCCAAGUGUCUGCUGUAACUAGCUGUUGCACCAUUUUUCACCGCCAAGAACUGAACAGUGCUAUCACAUUUUGAGUGACAGUGAUAAUAAUAACAAUAAUAAUGAUAAUUCAGGCAGCAGGUCACGUGCAUAAUUUACUGACAAGUGAACGUCCAGUAGCAAACAUGGCCUUUCUUCCUGCAAUGCUAUCUUUUUGUCCAUAAAUCUUGUUACAUAGGUGUAGCAUAUAUACAUAUAUAUAUAUAUAUAUAUACUUAUAUAUAUAUAGAUAGGUAGAUAGUUAGAUAGAAGCAUUUUAUAUAUUGUAAUGUGAUUUAUUGUAUUUUUAUCAAUUUUCUUAGCUAUUUACAUGACAACUGUAAUUGGGCGUUUUGCAAUUUUCAUAAACUUUUCAUAUAAUGUCUGAGGUCUAGCCUAUGGCAUGUAAUUCCUACAAUAUCCACUGUCAGUAGUAUCCAUGCUUUUUUUAGAAAUAUUGGUGCUUUAAAACUAACUGUUUUCUGUGAUAAUGGGCAAAAUCAUGAACAACUUAUGGGAGGAUAUCAUGUCAUUGGAAAGUUCAUUUCGUUGAUCAGGCUGUUAAGAGCAGACUACUUCAUGAAGGAAACAAACAUGAAAUAUCUUUAUUAAUUUAGAUUUUUUUUUUUUUUUUUUUUUUUUUCCAGUAACACCUCUCAGUCAAAAUUUUAAUUUGGUGAUAACAGAGACAUAAUAAAUAGAACUGUGUCAGUCUUUCAGUCUUUCAUCAGGAUCUAUUCAGUGGUGCGUGCAGUCCUCCCACUGAGCUACAUACCCAGGGGACAGACACGUGGUGCUACUUUGUGGCUCCCUGUGUCUUGUGGGAAAUCAGAGGGGUCCUAAAUGUUUGAAGCAUGUCAGUAACUUAGCUUAUUUAAAGAAAAGAAAAUUGUAUAAGACAUAGAUGCAACCUCUUGCCUAAAGUUUACCUCUUUCAUUCUUCACCCAUUACAACGAGUGCCGUGAUCUGCUGACCUCAUGUUCCGUGUCCUACCUGCCCAACCCCAGAUAUUACAAUAUAAUUUUCUGUCCACACCAGAAGACCUACACCAGCAGUCAUCAUCCACCCUCUUAAACCUUGUACCAUCAGCAAAAUACUUAUUGCUAAAUUUGUAAGCUGCUUUGAGCUUGCUUGCUUGUUUUAUAGAAUAAUUUUAUAUCUCUACAGUAGCAAGUAAACAAAUAUCUUUUCAAGUUUAUGGUUGACUUCAACAUGAAAAGUAUGCCAAUCAAAUUUUGCAAUUAUGUGCAUGUCUUGUAUUGCCAUUGGGUGGGUAGUGUGUUGUGAGUGACUGGACUGGCUGUGGACGGAGUCGUACAUACACAUUGUUGUUGACUGAUGCUCUUGUGUAAAUAGACUCAAGAACAGUACUCAGCUGUAGACCCUGCUGUAUAAAUUAUGCAGCACUGGUGUCUGUAGCAUAUAUUGUAGGAACUUUUCUCAAUAUGUACAGUACAGUGGCCUUAUUAUUGUUAAUGGUUAAACACUAUGUUUUUUACUGAAAUGGAUUCUUUAGAGAUUAGACUAUAUAUAAAUAAUGAAUAUCUUUAAUAAUAUCCGUGCAACAUAGUGGAAGUGUUUGCUUCCUUGAGUAGCUCCUUUUUAUGGUGGUUGAAAUGAUGAUAGGAAGUAUUUUUAUUUUUUCUGUUGUAAAGGAGCAGUUUUAUUAGAUAUGUUACAAAGCAUUUAUUGAGGAUGUAAGAGAUUGUCUUUGAAGUUUGGUUGAUCAAUCAAAAUGUUUAAUGUUAAUUGCGGGUUAAAAUUAGAACUUUGAUUGAAGAAAUAUUCGAGUUUUGGAACAGGGGCAGAAGGUACUGCUUUUAGUGAUCUGUCGGGUGUUAAGUUUGCAUUAAUUCUGUAACUGAAAUCUCAUCCAGAUGUAUCAUUUGUGCAGUCUGGUUUUUUUUUUUUUUUUUUUUUUUUUUUAGAAUGGAGACCAGUGUUCUCUUUCAUAAUAUUACAUGAUAUAGCUUUAAUGGAAUAAGACUCAUCAUUAUCUGUUUGUUAUUCUAAGCAUCAUUAAGUUAUUGUUUUGCAUAAUCAUUGAACAUCAUGCAUGACAAAAUUUUAUGUAGCAUUGUUAUUUGCUUUAUAUUUGUUUUAUUAUUUUUGAAAGUGAUAUAUAUAUAUAUAUAUAUAUAUAUAUAUAUAUAUAUAUAUAUAUAUAUAUAUAUAUAUAUAUAUAUAUAUAUAUAUAUUGGUAUUUGCUGGAUCUUUUGUUCAUUUAUUUUUUGUGUCUUCUAUCAAUCAUAAUUUACAAUUGAAUUUUUCUUACUUAUAUUCUCUAAUACUUCUGGCAGUAGUGAUCAUGUCUUCCUCAGUAUAGUGUGUUGUAAGUGCCCUUGUUUCACAGCUCGAUGUUAUUGUCAGGCUCAAGCUUCAACGCAGUCACCCGGGAUCAAAAUUAACCACAGGGUGUUUCCCUUAUUUCUUGCCUUAUUGUAACAAAUAUCAACAGUGUCAUAUAAAAAAAAAUGUUGGUCACAAGAUGUUUUAUACUGAUGAAUGAAAGAAGAUUAUUUACUGUACAAAGUGAUUUUUUAGAAAAAUACUUCACCCGAGACACAAGUCUACAUGUAAAGGAAAUAAAUUUGUUUAAUAUUA